AUGCAUAAUCAAGAACUCGGCGACUACCUCGGCGUCGAGAGCUGCACCGAUUUCACAUCCGAUAUAGCUCCGAUCACCUCCCGCAGCAGCGGGAGCAGCUGUCCCCGGCGCACCAGGCGGAGCGACGCGACGGAGUACCCGCCGCCGAUCGCUCUGCUUGCGCGUGCGGACAAUCAGCCGUCGCACGUGCCGUGGGUGAUGAGGAAGCACCGCACGAGCGACGGGCGGCUGGUGAUCACGGAGGAGAGAGCGCGGCGCCGCGAGAAUUUUAAGGCGCACCGCUUCGACGGCCGCCUGGUUCUCAGCCUGAUUCCGGCGGCGGAGGAGGAGGUGGAGGGAGGAGGAGAGGAGGAGAUCGGUUUUCCGGGGAAUGUGGCUGAUUCCGGAGAGGAAAUCGAAGCUAGGGAUAAGAGAAUUGGUACUCCGGUGGCAGUGGCGGCGGAGGUUUAUAUCGAAGUGGAGCCUUGCGGCGGUUUUGGGGUAGCGAUGGCCGGAUUUAGGCCGCCGGUUCAUACUUAG